AUGCAAUUCACUACCUCAUUCAUCGUCGCCGCUUUCCUCGGCACUGCCUUCGCCAUGCCACAGGCCGCGCCAACUGACUGCCCCGAGACGUCAGCCAUUCCCACUUGCGGUGCUCCCUGUAUCACCUCUGCUGCUUCUGCUGCCGGUUGUAGCGAUAUUGCCUGCCAGUGUGCUAGCUCUGAAGUGAUUCAGGCUUCGGCUCUUGGAUGUGUCGUUGGCAACUGUGGGAUUCCAUUGGCGCUAUCCGUGCAAGCUGCCGCCGCUGCUGUCUGCACUGCUUGUGCUUAG